AUGGACGCGAUCACCUACACACGCUAUGGUGGAUCGGAAGUCACACAAAUCUCAACAUUCCCAAUACCAAUUCCCCUCGAGGAUGAAGUUCAGGUUCGCGUGGCUGCAGGAGGCUUGAAUCCGGUUGACUGGCACCAGCGGGCCGGAGACUUUAAAUUGGUCACUCCAUUCAAUCUACCAGCAAUAGCUGGAAACGAAUUCUCAGGCAUUGUCGCCGCUGUCGGGCGAGGUGUUUCAAGGUUCCAAAUAGGAGAUCGUGUUGUUUGUCGGACGACAAAGUCAAAAAUGGGCGCCUUGGGUUCAUACGUCGUGAUGCCCGCUGCAAUAUUGGCUCACGCGCCCACCACUGUAGGCCUUGUCGAUGCUGCCGGCCUACCGCUAUCCAGUCUCACGUCAGAACAAGGUCUCGAUGCACUGGAUGUCAAAAAAGGCGAUCGACUCCUGAUUACUGCUGGUGCUGGAGGUGUCGGAUUGUUCGCCAUUCAACUCGCUAAACUCCGUGGAGCUCACGUCACCACCACUGCGUCGGAUGCUGGGCGGCCAUUUGUGCUCAAGGCCGGUGCGGAUCAAGUAAUCGAUUACCGAACACAAAAACUUGCGGACCUUGAAGAUAAGUUUGACAAAGUCUUCGACCUGGCCGGGGGCGAGGAUGCUCUGAUCAAUGAUGUCAUCCCUGCAGUUGCUGAGAACGGAAAGAUCAUCUCGGUUGCCGGCCCUCUGACACCGGGUGUGUUCAACGCUACUCUUCCUUUCUGGAAAUCGAAGCUCAUCGACCUUUUGCUUGGGUUCCGUUCUCGAUCCCUCCGUAACGCUGCCGCCUCAUACCGAGUCGACUACGAGUAUUUCUUCAUGCGACCUGACGGCCAACAAACAGCUCGAACGCCUCGUGCAACUCCAUUUGAGAGACUGGAGUCCGGUCGAUCCAAGGGCAAGAUUGUCAUCGAAUUUCCAGUGCAAAGCGAGCAGCCGACAAGCUAG